CCCUCGGCUCUUGAUGGUGCACAAGUCGAGCCUCAAAUCCAGCAGUCCAUUAAUGACGUCACCCCAGACCGACGUCACCAUGUCGCGGCAUAAGGUACACCCCACCGUCUUCAUGAACCCCUAUUUCUUUACAAGAUCCAUCUCCAGCACCACCGCAAAUCCAAAACCACAACAUUGAAGCAUCCUCCACAGGUAUCACACCACAGUAAACAGCCAGUACACCCGCUAGCACAACACAAAUCCUACACCACAACCAUGUCUUCCUCCUCGAGCAACCCCAACACCAGCAGCACCAACCAGCCUACCGAGAACCCAGGCCUGAUCUCCUCCCACGCCGAGUAUAUCAAGGGGGCAGCUGAGUCCGCAAUCGGCGACAUCUCGGGUUCCCACGCCUGGAAAACCUCGGGCGAGCAAGACAAGGCCCACGCCCGUGCUUCACUCAAUCAAGCGACCCAGAACCGUGACCCGGCCACCUCGGGAUAUGGGAAAGUGGAGGAAGUUGCCGGCAAGCUGACGGGAUGCGAGGGCAUGAGGAGGGAGGGCGCUGCCAGCGCUAGCAAACCAAAUCAGGAGUAAUUGAUACGAUAAUAGGGCUUAAGAGUUUGUGUACGAUAUGUCAAAAGGUCACAUCCUGCCAGAAUAAUGGAAAUGUAAUGCAAAUAUGUGU